CUCCAGCUUCUCAGGCACUUGGCCGCUGCCUGGCAGCCGCUGGGGCCAAACAAAAGAGCAGCCCCAGCUGGGCCAGCACCUCCAAGGAUGAGGGACCUGUUUACCACCAGGAACCAGGCCUGCUGGACGGAGCUCAUCGAGAAGGAGGCUGUCAGCCGGGCCACCUGGAGGAUCAAGUAUGCCCACAAGUACCCCCGCGUUCUGGGCUCCAGGAAGAAGUGCCAGCUCCCCUUCUUAUGCCCAGCUCCGAACCGUGCCUGCUACCCGCCAUUGGCCCCACCAAGACAGGGGGCCCAGAGGCAGGCACCUCCCCGGGAGAAGGAGCCGGCGUCCAGGCUGCCCAGAAAGGCGAAGAGAAGGGGGCCGAGGGAGGAAGUCAAGGCUGAGCCUGAGCCCUUCCUGCCCGACAUGAGACCUGCCACCCCCAAGACUGGGCAGCUGCUGUAUCAGGGCAUCUCCCACGAGGGAAAGGGGAGACUCCUCUACCUGCGGGAGAGGUGGCAGCAGAAGCCAGAGGACAAGUUCCGGUUUCCCGUCUUGUCGUCCUGGGACUACGGCUGGUGCAUAGGGGAUGCCAUGAAGGAAGCCAAGGGUUCCAGUUCAUGCCAGAUCUGGGCUCAUCAGGGAUACUUUUUAUUUCCGCAAUGGGAUCUUUCACCAGCCCUCCAGGUCUGACCAGAGGCUCUGAGCUUGGGCCGGAGAGAGCCCUACUGGAGCUUGUUCUUAAGAGCAGGAUCAGAGUCUGGCCAAGUUUUCCCGAGUUUCCUCCCCCCUCUCCUCCCAGCCCUGGCCCCAGUGAAAACCAAACCCACAAAACACCAGAAGAAUUGUG